AUGGAAAAUGGCACUCCUACUCCAGCGCCUGCACCUCCUCCCGGCCAGAUCUUGACCGGCAAACAGGAACACUAUCUCAAGCGCGAAUUGAUAUCGCUGCAAGUCCGCGCGGAGAUUGCAGAACUCAACUCCCCCACGGCCCUCCGCCGUUUUGGGGCCCCCUUCAAGUCGGAUCUUGGAGAGAUAGCGCCCAUUGAUUCAGAGCUGCCCAUUCUCAGGUUCAUAUUCGUCCAGCAUGUGCGCAAGUUCCCGUUCCUGGAUCAGGCCAAGGAGAAAGAAUUUUGGCAGGAUAAGCUGCAGACUUUCCUCGAGUCCUUCGCGAACAAACACAUAUCCUCCAGCGAAGACCGGCACGAAGAAACGAAGCGGCGCAAGCUGGCGCUGAAGUGUGAGAAGCUGGUCGAGCUCAUGAUGGUCUCCGGCAUCCCCACCGCGUCCGGCUAUGAAGAACGUAUCCGCUUCUCGGAAAUGGAGGUGGUGGAUCGCAGUGCUAAUGAACAAGGGUUGCUCGUUAAUAUCCCCGAGGGCCAUGCCAUACACGGAUGGGAUGUAAAUGUUGCUGGCGCCCGGACGACAUUGGUUAAGCGGACAGUUAGGUACCACCAGCAUGCGGAAUUCAUCCUUAGAGUGAAACAACACGGCAAGCCUGAUCGCUACGUCGGUCGACGGUUCGGCGAGUUCGCCAAACUCCAUAAACGCCUUCGUACCGAGAUGCCCGGGAAAAUCCUCCCACCGCUACCAAGGAAGAAUAAAGGCUCUGUUUCCUCCACAAUCCUAGGAGGCGGAGACGAUGAUGCGUCGUCCGUCUCCUCCGUCUCAACUCAAGAUGCCAAUUUCACCGACGACUCCCGCUCCGCUCGGACUCUCACCGUCAACAACGCGGACCACCAUCGUUCCUCCUCCCGUUCAUCGGUUACCAAAAAGCUGAAGUCAGCGACGGUCACCCCACGCCCUUCGACAGGUGACCUCAAGACGGAGGUUACGGUCUCCUUGUACCGCGAAAAUCAGAGAGUAUCCCUCCGCGCGUUCCUGCGCACCUUACUGCAGAACCCGCGGAUCGCGGAAUCCAAGGCGCUGGAGGAGUUCCUCACAGCUGACCCGAUCACGUUGAACGAGGAGGAGCUUAUGGACAUCCAGCGUAGGAAGGAUUUAGAUGCGAAGCGGGUUGAGGAGCAGAGACAGUUUUAUGAGAUUGCAAGGAAAAGAGCGCAGGAGCUGGAUGUUUAUAUGGAGCAGUUUCGACAGGAUAUCGUCGAGAAUAAUGGCUUGACGAAAUUAUUCCAUGAGAUCCGCGUGAAGAACUCUGUUGAAGAGUUGAGUCCUCAAUAUCAAAAGUUUGCAGAAUGGCUGCGCAUUGAGGUUGCCGCGACGAUAUAUCACCUCUUCCUGGCGGAAGACAACUCCCCCGAACUAUUCGCCCAAGCAAAACGCAUCCACUCCUUAGUGCCCUACACCAUCAUGAAAAACGUAAUUCGAAUCGCGAACCCCGCCGCUGUCAUGUCCGGCGUUCUAGACCUGUUCCUCGCCCAGCCCUUCGGCUCCCGCUCGCUACUCCAGCGCAUUUUCUCUCUCGCUAUCCACGACGGCAUCAAGACAUUCCAGCGCUCUAUAGACACGCUCAGUGCCAAGAUCGAAGACCCUGUCCUUGUCAACAAGUUGCGGGCGUUCACGGCAGCCGACGAACAGGUGAAGGAUGAGCUGAGGCGUGAGGCGAAAGAGGAGGAUGUCGAUAUUGUGGUUGCGAUUUUGAGGUCGGAGUAUAUCGAGCCCGAGCUUAGUCCGGCGCAGAUUGAGAAAGUUUUUAAUUCCUAUGUUGCGUGGGUUAAUACGGUUGAGAAUGUUGAUAUGCAGAUGCAGCAGGGUGCGCAUUGGUUUGCGUAUCUGAAGCAGCUGUUGAAACUUUUAACACGUCAGCGAGACAAGGCCAUGAUGUUGAGCGUUAUCGAAGAGCCCGUCACCCUCCAACUCUUCCGCGACCUGUUCACAAUCUUCUACGAACCCCUCGUCCGUGUCUACAAGUCUGCAAACGUUUACAGCAGCAUAACCGACUUCGCCGAGUUCGCCGAUGACGCCAUCGCUGUUAUCGAGAGCGCGCAGCGCCAAGACGUUUCCGCAGACCCCAACCAGACUGUCCAGGCCUUCAUCGACCUCUGCGCCCGCCACCAGCACAGCUUCUACAAAUUCGUCCACGAGGUCCACCUGCACGACAACGGCCUCUUCGACGCCCUCAUGGGCUGGCUGGAGGACAUCCUGCACUUCCUCCGUCAUGGGCCGCGCAGCGGCGGCAAGCUGGACAUGAACGCGCUGUUCCGCGGAGCGGUGGCUGUGGGCCAGAUUGACCCUGAGUUAGCGAUGAAGGAGAUUGACUCGCUGGUCAAGUGGCAUGCAGAUCGCAAGAAGUGGCACCACGAUAAGACGCGGCAAAAGAUGGCUGCGGAAGGGUCUGGGACGGCAGCGGAUUCGGAGAUGCCGGGCAGUGCGACUUUUAGGGGGAGUGAUUUUGGGCUGGAUGAGGCCGAUCUCGAGGACCUCGCCAUCGACGACAUGGCCUCGCACUCCUCCGACGAAGACUCGGCCGAAGAUGAUCUCGACCCCAUCUCUGUCGAGCGCAAGCGUCGCUCGAAGCGCCAGGCGCGCCUGCGUCGCACGGCGGGCGAGCCCGUCAAGCCAGAGAUCAGGGAGAUUUUGAAGAUGAGAGAGUCAUUUGGGGCGAUGGUGAGGACUGUGCUUGCAGAUUGA